AUGAGGGGUGUCCGCGGUGUAACAGGACCGACAGGACAACAAGGGGACGUUGGACCCCGUGGUGCCAUUGGUCAAGAGGGACGCAGCUCCAGUAUCCCUGGCUCUUGUGGUCCAAAGGGACACCAAGGGCCCCCUGGAGUCCCGGGACCCAAAGGGAUCAAGCUAUAUGCCCAUGCUCCCUCCGAUUUGAAGGGACAGAAGGGCGACCAGGGUCAAGACGGAGACCCUGGGGAGGUGACCAUGAUUGGCUGUGCCGUAAUUGGCCCCAAAGGACAACCAGGAUUUACUGGCCCCCUGGGGCCCACUGGGGUUACUGGUCCCCCCGGUGUCACUGGUUUCCAGGGGCCUCCUGGGUCUCCAGGUCCUAACUACGAAGGAGAUCCCGACAAUCGGGGAGUGAAGGGCCACAGUGGGCCUAAAGGGGAUAAAGGAGAACCAGGACCCAUCAUCCAGGGAGAGCCAGGCAGGGAAGGCUCACAAGGAACAUCUGGAGACCUUGGACCCCCGGGACCACCUGGAGACUCAGAUAAUCUGAAGGGCCUUAUAGGACCUCCGGGGGCAAAGGGAGCCAAGGGAGAACAAGGGUACAGUGGCCAAUAUGGAUUGAAAGGUGAGAAAGGAGAGGUCUGUAGUUUGUGUACGGGAAAAGGGUCGGGAGAGCCGGGACCCCCAGGUUCCCCUGGUCAGCCUGGACUCCCAGGCUUUAGUGCAGGACCAGGACCCAAAGGAGAGCCAGGACUCAAAGGAGCCUCGGGAUCACCUGGACAACAGGGUCUCCAUGGCCCUUCAGGUGUUCCAGGACCCCCAGGGCCAAAAGGAAAUUCAGGUUCCCGCAACCACCAGGGGAUAAAGGGAGAGAAAGGAGCCCCAGGACCAGCUGGUAGAUCAGGGCUGGACGGCCUAUACGGGGCCCCUGGCUUCCGUGGACGCAAGGGCCAACAAGGCCCUAAGGGUGAUCCAGACCUAAAGGCAAUAGUGGGGUACCAGGUCUACCUGGUACACCUGGUUACCGAGGUCAGAAGGGUGAGCCCUGCAGCAGUGUGUCUGACCAGGGAGUCCCAGGCCUACCGGGAAAGGUGGGGCUGCCGGGCACACGGGGCCCCCCAGGUCCUCGUGGUGGUGCUGGUAACCCGGGGGGAGAAAGGGGACAGGGGUGUAUUCUCCACCCUGGGAAGACGAGGACCCACUGGACAGAAAGGUGACAAAGGGCAGCCGGGACGCCCAAGUACCUCUGGAAGUGGCAAUCCUGGACGACCCGGCGUAAUGGGAUUCCCUGGGGCUCCAGGGCCAAAGGGUGAUGCUGGGUUUGAGAUCCUAGGUCCAGCCGGCCUUAAAGGUUUCCCAGGUGGUGUUGGGGCCCAGGGCCCUCCUGGAGAUCCAGGAGUACUGGGCCGACCAGGGAGUCCGGGACCACCCGGCCUCAAUGGGUCCUCAGGCCCCAAAGGAAGUAAAGGUGUAGAUGGUUCCCAAGGACCUCCUGGUUACGCAGUUACUUGCUGUACUGAAGCCCCAACCGGACCACCAGGGCUGUCAGGCAGACCUGGACCCCCAGGUAUUAAUGGAGAGAUGGGUUCGCGCGGGGACCCUGGCGCCCCGGGCUUUGGAAGUUCAGGUCCGGCUGGUGACCCUGGGCCCCCUGGGGCCUCCGGACCCGGAGUGCAGGGCCUGACUGGACAGAUGGGAGGCAGAGGGAGAGACGGGUUACCAGGUGCAUCAGGUCCUAGAGGUGACCCUGGGCUGGAAGGAAGAUCUGGACCGGGCCCUGACGGCCCACCUGGACCUGAAGGACCACCCGGUCCCAAAGGGUCGGUUGGCCCUGAUGGGGAGAAAGGUCACAGGGGUGUACCAGGCUCUGUGGGGGACGACGGGCCCCCAGGCCCUUGUGGACCAUCAUCCAAUACAGACAUACAUGGGCCCCCAGGGGACCCUGGGAAACGUGGUCUGCCUGGUUUCCAUGGUGCUAAAGGACACCCUGGAUAUCCUGGACCCAAAGGCAUUGAUGGGAGGGAUGGCGACCCAGGAAAUGGGUCGAGAGGCUGUCCAGGUGAACCUGGGGCUGAUGGACUGUGCUCAGGAGGACCAGGCCCAUCUGGACUCAGAGGAAAUAUGGGGCUCAUGGGUCUACCAGGUCCCCAUGGAAUAAAGGGAGGCCCGGGUUCCAAUGGAGACCCAGGACUAGACGGUAUGCCCGGUCCAUGUGGGCCAAAAGGAACUAAAGGAGAGUCCAGUUGUGCAAAACCAGGCCUCCCAGGAUCACCUGGACAGAAGGGCGAGCCAGCCUUGUAUAACAAACAUGACUCCAAAGGAAUGAAAGGCUCUCCUGGUUACGCAGGUCCUCCAGGCUCCCAAGGACCCUCUGGAGCCAAAGGAGACCCAGGACAUCAUGGACAUCAUGGAGCCCGAGGUCCUGCCGGCCAACCAGGUACUGAUGGCCCCCCAGGACUCCCUGUGUCACACGGAGCUCCAGGACAACCAGGGUUACCUGGCCCUCCUGGUCCCUAUGGUCCUAAAGGUAACCAGGGUCACGAUGGCAUUCCUGGACCUGCUGGUCAGAAGGGAGAGACACUGAUUGUGAGAUCAACUCCUGGCCCACGUGGAAAGAAUGGACUGCCAGGUCCAAAGGGAGAUGUGGGUUUCCCUGGCCCCACUGCUCCGGGGCCCCCAGGGUGUCCAGGAGAUCAGGGCCACCGAGGCAACGAAGGACCCCAGGGUUCUCGCGGGAGGCCAGGGUUUGGUGGUGUUUGUGUCAACGGGCUGAAAGGAGAUGCUGGUCCCCAGGGCAGCCCUGGAAGCCCUGGACAGCGAGGUCCGCAGGGACAGCCAGGUUCUGGAGGCUAUGAAUGUAAAGGGGACAAGGGAGACCUGGGCGCUCCAGGGGGCAGAGGCAUGGACGGGCCCACAGGGGACCUCGGACCUCCAGGGCUACGGGGACCAGGAGCCAUCCCUGGACCUCCAGGACCAAUCGGGUCCCCAGGUCACUCUGGAACCCCAGGAGUCCCCGGUGAAAUGGGUGAUCCUAGUUAUAACCCCGGCCCGAAAGGUACAAAUGGAUCCAAAGGCCGGCCAGGACCACCAGGUGGUCCGGGACUUGACGUGCCAAUGAGACCCAAAAAGGGGGAUCCGGGCCCACCCGGUUACACCGGCAACCAGGGACCUCCAGGUCCCAGUGGGCCGCCAGGACAACCAGGAUUAACAGGGCCCCCAGGUCCUGAGGGUCAACAGGGACACAGCCCUCCAGGCCUGCCUGGCUUCCCCGGACGCAAGGGAGACAAAGGAUCGCCAGGACUGACAGGGCCACUGGGCUACCAGGGGUUUCCAGGUCAGAAGGGUCCUCUUGGCCCACGGGGCUGCAGCACGGCAGGCCUGGCUGACAGUUUCCUGCUGGCCCGACACAGCCAGACCAUCAGAGUGCCUGACUGCCCCCAAGGCACCACCCUCAUCUACUCUGGAUACUCUCUGCUCUUCAUCAAUGGCAACAAAAGGGCUCACGGACAAGACCUGGGCUCCAUGGGCAGCUGCCUGCCUCGUUUCUCCACCAUGCCCUUCCUGUUCUGUGACACGGACGACACUUGUCGCUACGCCGCACGCAACGACUACUCCUAUUGGCUGUCCACAGAGAAGCCCAUGCCACGCAGCAUGGACCUGAUCAGAGGAGACGAGAUCAGCAGCUACAUCAGCAGGUGUUCAGUGUGUGAGGGCAGCUCCAAUGCCAUGGCCAUCCACAGCCAGACUGCCCAGCUCCCAGACUGUCCUGGUGACUGGGAAUCCCUGUGGACUGGAUACUCCUUUGUCAUGCAAACGGGUGCGGGUGCUGAGGGGUCGGGCCAGCCCCUGGGCUCCCCAGGCUCGUGUCUAGAACACUUCCGCCAGGUCCCCUUCAUCGAGUGUCACGGCCGAGGAACCUGUAACUACUUCCCUGACUCCUACAGCUUCUGGCUGGCCUUGCUCGACCCCAUCCACAUGUUCAGUAAGCCUGUGCCCCAGACGGUGAAGGGACGUCUUCUAGAGAAUGUCAUCAGUCGCUGCCGUGUAUGCAGGAAACCAUGAAGCAAUGGUAGUGCAUUAUAACCCACAUUCAGCCUCAGGCAGUGCAAAAUGAACCAUUACUUUGAUGGAUUUAACAAUGAUAAUAAUCAUAUUCUAAUGUAUUUAUAAUUGGGUGUUCUUUCAGACAAAUCCAGCUAGGCUCAAGCAAUCACUCAAAAUAUUUGGAACAUGUAAGAUACUAUUUGCAAACUGGUAUGGUUCCCAGUCCAAAAGACACGGCUGAAUUAUUCCGGAUCAAGACUGACAUGUUUAUUUAAGAUACCUUGGAACUACUGUUAACAUCACCUUCUGGGUUGUAAUUAUAUUGAGCCCUUGCACUGAGGACCACACACAUGUGAUUUUAAUGUAACUAAGUGGUUUUAUAAAGUCUCAAGCACUGUACUGUAUAUAGCUAUUGUGUUUGUCUCUAUUAACAUGUAUAUUUGAUAAUGUGUCUCGGGUAUUCCCUUCAACAUAGGUGCUCUCUCACAACAAAAAAACAUGAUUUUUUUUGUGUUUGUAAAAUUUUUUUAUUACAAUGGUUGGAUAAUUCCAAAUAAACAUUCACUCGGA